AUGGCGUGCACGAUCGAUUUUAGGUCCCUAGACGAGGGAUUCGGCGGCAAGACCUUCAAGCGAAAGAGAGCCGAACAAGAAGCCGAGAAGCUAAAGUUAUUGAAUCCCUCUCCUGAGGAUGACGGCAUGGACGUGGACAAUGGGAAUCCACCUCCAUCGAAGAGACAGGCAGUUCCUUCUUCUGAAGAUCCCAACAAGCCGUCGGCUUCGUCCUUCGGAAAGGCGACGUACGACGGGGUGAUAGCGGGAAAGGUGUCAGGCCGCAAGUGGAAGCAGGCAAGGACGCGGCGGUCGUCUGCGGUGCAGGUGAGCAGAAAAGGAACGACAUUUGAGCAGAGAGCGAAGGAGAAGGAGAUAAAGAAAGCGUACAAGGAGAGAAUGAACGAGCUGAAGGAGGAAAUACGACAGAACAAACAGGAGAAACGGAAACAGAAAGAGGAACGUGAGAAGAAAAAACAGGAGAACAUACUUAGGUCAGGGACAAAGCUUCAGAAAAUUACAAAUCCCAAGACUCUUAAGAAGAUUGCCAAAUCCAAGCAACGGAAGCUCCUCAAGGUCGUACCUGAUGAUGUUCUUAAUGGUAGAGCUAGAGGCGUUUCAGUUGCUCUGAUUGAAGAAAAUGAUCUGGUCGCUUUGAUUCAUGGUAGUGAAUUCAUCAGGAAUAUAUUCUUUCUUGACAAAGCACAGCAUCAAAUUAGCAAGGCCAUCGAUCAAACAGAGAAAAAGAAAGGUGGUCUUGCAGAAAAAUUGUAA